UUUGUUUUGAUUUUGAUUCUGCUCUGAUAAAAACAAAAGCAACCGAAAAUGGCCGAAGCAAUGGCCGAGGAAAAGCCAAAGGAUAAGCCGCGGGGCAACCGGCGCAAGGACAAGAAGGACAAGACCAGCCAGGUCGUCAAGAUUGUGAUGCGGCAUCUGCCGCCCACCAUGACAGAAACCGAGUUCCUGGAACAGGUGGGUCCCCUGCCGGAGAACGACUCCUACUACUACUGCCAGGCGGACUGGUCCCUGGGCCACGAGGCCACCUGUCGCGCCUACAUCGACAUGUCCCUGAAGGACAUCGCCGACGUGCUGCAGUUCCGCGACCGAUUCGACGGCUACGUCUUCGUGGACCAGAAGGGCGUCGAGUACAUGGCCAUCGUGGAGUACGCCCCCUUCCAGUGCUUCCUCAAGAACAAGGCGCGCAACGACGACAGCAAGGUGAACUCAAUCGAGAGCGAAGCCCACUACCAGGAGUUCGUCCAGCGGCUGGCCGACGAGCGCGAGGAGGCGAGUCGCGCUGGCGACGUCAAGCUGGACUUCUCCUUCGACCGGCGGGCGGACGAGAAGGUCAAGUCCACACCCCUGCUGCAGUACCUGGCCAACAAGAAGGAGAAGCGCCGCGAGGAGGCGCGCAAGCGGAACGAGGAGAAGCGCAAGCAGCGGGAGGAGCAGAAGCAGGUGCGUCUGGCGGAGCUAUCAGAUCCCAGCAAAGCCAAGGAAGUUGGAGGUGCUACCGGUGGAGGUGAUAACAAGAAGCCUGCCGGCAACAAUGCCAAGAAGGAUCUCAAGGAUCCUCCACCUUCCGCUGCCCAAGGCAACGAUCCUUCCAAGACCUCGCGCUCCAAGCGCCGAACUGAGCGCGACCAGCGGCGACGGGAGGAGCACGAACUGCGGAAACUGGCCAAGCGGGAUAAGAAAAAGGACGAAGGCCCGCCCAAGCAAGAGAAGGGCAAACAAACCGGUGGAAAGCAGAACAGAAAGCCAGACAAGGACAUCGUUAUUCUCAAGAAGGAAAACAAACCGGAGCCAAAAGAUUACUCCGAAUUGCCAUCAACUUCAAAGGCAGCUGCCGAAGCCAGGGAAAAAACCAGGACUGAGAACAGCGAGAUUCCAGAAGCUGUGAAGACUUUCAUACAGGCUGCCAGCGGUCAGAAGGAUAAGGAAGCUGGUGCAGCUACCUCCCACGACACAGCUGCCGAGGAAGCCAUCAAGGCGGCGCAGUUCCGAGCCUCAGAGGAGCGACGCAUCCGCAACAAGGAUCGCCCCUCGAUUGCCAUUUACCAACCCAAGGCUCGUGUGCGCAUAGGAUCAGAUGAUUUGCCACAAGGUGCAGGUACGGGAAAAGAUGGUUCAGAUGGCGAGGCUUCGGUGGUCGAAGAGAAGGCGGCCAAGAAAAACAAGCGGUCCAACCGGCGCAACAAAUCAAAGCCCAAGGAGGUCAGGGAGAGUCAACAGGAGGAUCGACGCGUUUCGAAGUCCUCGGAGAGCAGCAACAGUGUCAAAUAGCGAUAACGGAUUUUAUUGUUAAAU